AUGACGCGAUGGGCCAGAGCCAACAACGUUCACAAACACAAACCUGCUGAGGCAACACCCUGGAGCCAGCUUAGAACAGGAGGGGGCAGAGGAAGAGGGGGAGGUGGAGGAAGAGAUGGAGGAGCAGGCGGAGGGAGUGGUCGUCCAGGCUCUUUUGGAGGUUCAGGAGGUGCUAGCCAUGGUCCUGGGGGUUGGGGGAGAGGGAGGGGAGGAGGGGGAGACCCUCUGAGGCGAACGCAGCUUGGCGAUGCUGGGAUUAAGAAGCCCUGUCGGAAGAAGAAAGACUACGACAAUGAGGAUGUGAACGGCUUCAUGGAGUACCUUCAGAGUGGCGGGGCGGGAACGUCCAGGCGAGGUGGCGGAGCAGGGAUGGGGGGAGGGAUGGAGGGACUCAGGGAAGAGGUAGAGACAGCCCUGAAGAAAGACAGAAGGAGAGAGGACAGGAGGAUAAAGAGACAGGAUGACAAGAAGAGCAACAUGGUGAGUAAGAUGGGCAGAGAUCAAGGGUAGAGUGACUAAGUUUCCAAUGUUGCUAAUAAUAGUGACACUCAACCUUGUGAUGUUGUCUUACUCUCAUAUCUCUUCCUUCUUUCCUAUCCCUCUCUCUCCCCCUGUCUCUCCCCCUCACCAGGUGUGUUUUAACUGUAGGAAGCCUGGCCACGGGUUGGCUGACUGUCCGGAGGCGGACAGAGACGAGGAGAUGGGGAGGGAUAUUUGCUACCGCUGUGGAUCCACAGAACACGAGAUCCAACGCUGCCGCGCUAAAAUCGAUCCUGCUCUAGGUGUGUGUGUGUGUGUUGUCUGGUGUCCUGACUCCUGGUUGUGUUCUCUAAUUCGAUUUAGAUUCGUUCCGAUUGUUUUUAUUUCUGUACUGAACAAAAAUAUAAAUGCAACAUGGAACAAUUUCAACGAUUUUACUGAGUUUCAGUUCAUAUAAGGAAACCAGUCAAUUGAAAUGAAUUCAUUAGGCCCUAAUCUAUGGAUUUCACAUGACUGGGCAGGGGUGCUGCCAUGGGUGGCCCUUGGAGGGCAUAGGCCCACCCACUGGGGAGCCUGGCCCAGCAAUCAGAAUGAGAUUUUCCUCACAAAAUGGCUUUAUCCGGGUGGCUGGUCUCAGACGAUCCCGCAGGUGAAGAAGCCGGAUGUGGAGGUCCUGGGCUGUGUGGUUACACGUGGUCUGGUGUUGUCAGGCCGGUUGGACGUAUAUUUGCCAAAUUCUCUAAAACAACAUUGGAAGAGAAAUGAACAUUCAAUUCUCUGGCAACAGCUCUGGUGGACAUUCCUGCAGUCAGCAUGACAAUUGUGCACUACCCCUCAACUUGAGACAUCUGUGGCAUUGGGUUGUGGGACAAAACCACAUUUUAGUGGCCUUUUAUUGUCCCCAGCACAAGGUGCAACUGUGUAAUGAUCAUGCUGUUUAAUCAGCUUCUUGAUAUGCCACACCGGUCAGGUAUCCAGGCAAAUGAGAAACGCUCACUAACAGGGAUAUAAACAAAUUUGUGCACAAAAUUUGAGAUAAAUAAUAUUUUUAUACAUAUGGAACAUUUCUGGGAUCUUUUAUUUCAUCUCAUGAAACAUGGGACCAACACUUUACAUGUUGCAUUUAUAUUUUUGUUCAGUGUGUGUAUAUAUAUAUAUAUUGAUUAUUUGUGUACCUGUUUGACAUUAUACUGCAUUGUUAGGAGCUAGUAACAUAAGCAUUUCGUUGCACCCGCUAUAACAUCUGCUAAACUGUGUACACGACCAAUACAUUUUGAUUUGAUGUUAGUUUUUUUUUUCUCUCUCUCUCUCAGGUGAAUACCCGUAUGCAAAGUGUUUCAUCUGUAGUAAGACUGGUCACCUGUCCAGGUCCUGCCCUGACAACCCCAAAGGACUGUACGCCGCAGGUACAACACACACAUGCACGCUCACAAUACUGAACUCUGCUAAUAAAUCAAACUGAGAAUCCAUAACAUUGUCUCCUCCCUUUCUGUCUGUAGGAGGUUGUUGUCGUGUGUGUGGUUCAGUAGAACACUUCCAGAAGGAUUGUCCUGAGCACCAGGCUGCAUGUGAGUAACCAGGAUCCAUCUCUCUAUUCUACAUCAGGAUUGUCUGUUCAACAGACCCAUUUCCCUGCCGCGUCAUGAAAAGUUGCGCACGCAUUACAGAUUCAGAAAAAGCUUUGUUUACCUAACAGUGGAUUCGAUCACAUGCAACUUCAAAUGCAGCUCAUGCAAGUUAACAAAUCAGAGGAUUUAUUAACUAGCAAGCCAGUGAGGCAUGGUAAAAUAUCACAAAUAGAGCUAGAUAAAUACAGAAGAACAAUAAACUUGAACAUAGCUAUAGCCAUCAGUUUUAUGUGUUUUCACGGUCAUCAUUCACUCACUGUUAAGUUUGUCAAGUUCCUGACUUUAGCGUUAGCUAUCCUGCUACAGAGCUUUUUGGCCUGCAUCACUUGAAUGUGACGUCUGUUUGUAAACCAAAAAUGGUUCAAUACACUACAUUUCUGUAUGAACAUCCCUCUUGUCAUUUCCAUUCAAUAUAUUUCUAUCUGAACAUCCUUGUAUGUUCUAUUUCUAUCUGAACGCUCUGUACAGUUAGUCUUUUAUGCGGUCCAAGAUAUUAUGUGACUGACGUGUGUUUGUCCAAUUCCCCCUGUAGCUAACCAAGUGACCUUGGGCUGGCUGUCCAAUAACAUGAGUGCUGACCACGAGGAAGUGCAUGUGCCUGUGAAGAAAGCCCCGCCCAAACAGGCCAAGGUAGUGGUCUUCUGA